AUUACUUUAUUGUUUUUUAUUUUGCAGAAAAAAUAUUAGUAAUUAAUUAAAUAAUAAAAAAUACUCAACUGAUAAUUUACAAACGUUGGAGCGACGCGUAAUUUUAACACAAAAUGGAGAGUGGUUUAAAUUGAACGGUUUUUUUUUUAAAUCGUUUCCGUAGUAACGAGAGUAAUACAAACAACAUUUAUGUCAAAGUCGAAAUGUUUUGUACUUAAUAUUUUAGUGUUGUUGUUAUUGUUAUUAUAAAUAUUAAUUUAAUGUUAUUGGAGUUGGUGUAAAGCAAAUAAAAUUAAACAAACAAACCAAAAAUGCGAGCCCAUUUAAGAUGGGUAGACAAAGUCCAAGACAAAAGCGAGCAAUGUAUCUACGACUUGUGUUUCAACCCGGACGGAUCUCAGCUUCUUGUCGCAGCUGGCCAGCAAGUCCUCGUUUACGAAACCACCAAAGGCGCGUUGGUCCAGCCCCUAAAAGGCCACAAGGACACAGUUUACUGCGUGUGUUACUCCCGAGACGGCAAGAGAUUCGCCUCAGGAGGCGCGGACAAGUGCGUUAUCGUCUGGACCUCCAAACUCGAAGGAAUCCUCAAGUACUCUCACAACGACGCAGUCCAAUGUAUGAAAUUCAACCCAGUAUCCCACCAACUAUUCAGCUGCUCAAUCUCCGACAUAGCCUUCUGGUCCAGCGAGCAAAAAGCCGUACAAAAACACAAAUCCGGCGGUCGGGUGAACUGCUGCGACUGGACAAUAGACGGCCAGUACCUAGCAAUCGGCCUCUCAGCGGGCUACGUCUCCAUCAGAAAUAAAAACGGCGAGGAGCAGCUGCGCAUAGACCGAUCCAGCGGCUCUCCAAUCUGGAGCGUGUCCUGGUGUCCAUUACGCGACGACACCAACGUGGACAUCCUCUGCAUCGCAGAGUGGAACGGAGUGCUGUCCUUUUACACUCCAGUCGGCCAGCAAAUCGGCCGGGAGCGCGCUCUGGACUUCAUACCGCUAAAAGUCCUUCACUUUCCCGAAGGACAGUACUUGCUAGUCGUCGGGAGCAACAAAAAGUGCUUAUUAAUGAACCACGAAGGCAUUCAACUAACAGAAGUCGGAGACUUGCAGUCAUCUUGGAUCUGGAGCUGUGCUAUUCAUCCUACCUCCGGUUACAUAGCUCUAGGCUGCCAAGACGGGACUAUAACUUACCUCCAGCUCACCUGGAACAUCGUCCACGGUCUCUACGGCGACCGCUAUGCCUACAGAGAGAACAUGACUGACGUAAUAAUCCAACAUUUAAUAUCAAACCAAAAGGUCCGGAUUAAAUGCAAAGAUUUGAUCAACAAAAUCGCAGUUUAUCGCGACAAACUUGCGGUUCAAUUACCUGAGCGUGUAAUUAUCUACGAGCCAUCUGGCACAGCCGACGGGAUGCACUACAGAAUCCAAGAAAAAUUAUCCAAGACAAUUAAUUGCAAUUUGCUAGUUGUUACAUCCAACAACUUAGUCUUGUGCUUGGAAAAACGACUCCAGAGCUUAUCAUUCAGCCAAGUGGUAGAGCGUGAGUGGGUAUUGGACAGUACAAUUACGUACAUAAAAGUAGUAGGUGGUCCAGCUGGAAAAGAAUGCUUGAUAGCUGGCUUAACAAGCGGGCAAGUUAUUAAAAUAUACUUAGACAAUCCAUUCCCUGCGCACUUGACCAAAAUUGAUGGCCCGGUUCGCUGUCUUGAUAUCAGUUCAAUGAAAGAGAAGCUUGCUGUGGUGAGUGAGCAUGGUGUGCUCUCUGUUUUUGACCUAUAUACUGAGUACAAAAUUUAUGAGUCCGAAGAUGUUACCAGUGUGGCAUUUAAUAGAGCUUUUGAAGACAUGAUGUGCUUUUCCGGGCGGGAUUAUUUGACAAUAAAAGUCGGAGAUUUUCCGGAGUUCCGGCAGAAAUUAAUUGGCUAUGUUGUGGGGCACAAUGGUUCUAAACUUUAUUGUAUUAAUGGGACUAAUAUUGUUACGGUGGACAUUCCUUUGUCGACUACGAUGUACCAGUACUUGGACGCGGGGAUGUUUGACGAAGCUUACGCUGUUGCUUGUCUGGGAGUCGCUGAGAGUGAUUGGUUGGCUUUGGGGACUUUAGCGUUGGAUAAAUUGCAGCUUAAUAUAGCGCACUCGGCUUUUGCGAGGCUGAAGAAGCUGAGGUAUAUUGAGGUGGUGAUGGAGAUUGAGGAGAAGCUUAAGAGUGGAGAGUGGGGACAAGAAGCUUGCAUGGCGACGGCUGCUGCUGCGAUGGGAAGGUUGAGAGAAGCUGCUAAGCUUUAUCAGAAAGCGGGACUGCAGCAAGCUGCGCUGGAUAUGUACUCUGAUUUGAGGAUGUUUGAUAUUGCUCAGGAGUUUAUUGCGACGGGGAAUAGUCAUGACAAGACUGUGUUGUUGAGGAAGAGGGCUGAGUGGGCGAAGAGUCUGGGAGAGCCAAGGGCUGCUGCUGAGAUGUUUUUAGCGGCGGGAGAUGUUGAGAGGGCUAUUAAUAUUGUUUCGGAACAUGGAUGGAUUGAUAUGCUGAUUAAAAUUGGGAGACAACUGGACAAAGCGCAGAGGGACAGUUUGUAUACGAUUGCGAAGAAGUUGAGGGAAAUGGGGGCGACUCAUGGAGCUGCGGAGGUAUUUAGUAGGUUGGGGGAUGAUCCGGAUGUUGCUGAUGUUUUGGUAGAUGCUCAGGCAUGGCCGGAAGCUUUUGAACUGGUUGAGAGGAAUCCGAAAUUAAAGUCUAGGGUCUAUGGACCUUAUGCUCGGUGGUUGGCUGAGACUGGACGAUUUUCGGAGGCUCAGGAAGCGUUUCAGAUGGCUGGACAGACUGAAGAAUCUAUAGCGGUAUUGAGUACUCUGGCGAAUAAUGCGGUGCUGAUGAAUAAAUUUAGGGAUGCUUCUUAUUUUUACUGGCUUUUGUCUCAGCUUAGUUUGAACUUGCCGAAAAAUAUUGAAGAUAUUAAAGCUAUGUAUCAUGAGUACUCUGACAAGGCGGAUAUUUAUUACGCUUAUUAUGAUGUUUAUAAGUAUAUGGCUGAACCAUUUACUUCAUUAAUGCCAGAAGCUUUGUUCAACAUAUCAAGAUUUCUAUUAAUAAAGCUCCAAGGUGUUUGCAUGCCCAAAAUAUCCAUGAUAACAAUCAUCUACUGCCUUGUGAAACAAGCACGAACACUGGGUGCAAAUAAGCUGGCAAUGCAAUUGCUGGAACGGUUACGAGGAAUGAGGGUUCCCGAUUACCUGCAAGCUCAAAUAGAAGUGGAGACUCUGGCUGCGCGAGCUAACCAGUACCAAGAUCCUGAAGAAUUACUGCCUCUGUGCUACCGUUGCUCAACAUUCAAUCCUCUUCUGCCAGCUAAUAACUAUCCCAGUAAUCGGUGCGUGCAGUGUAAUCUAAAGUUUCAUCACUCGUAUGUAUCCUUCGAAAUCCUGCCUAUUGUCGAGUUUGAACUGGAAGACGGAAUCUCGAAUGAAGAAGCUAAGAAACUUAUCGAGGAGCCCAUGUCGAUUCCAGAAGACGCUGAGAUCACUGAAGACCAAAUGACCAUAGCUACUGAUCAUACUGAUUUAUUUACUGCUCGGCUUAUUAAAUAUGAGGACAAAGUUGAAGGAUCAACAAUUAAAGUAGGACGAAAUGUUUUAAUGAGUUUAGAACCUUUUGAAGUAUUAAUUGUUCCUUGGCCAGAACCAUUUAAAAUUAGAUACUACAGAAGAAUAUUAACUGACCUUCCAAUUACGUAUUGUAGCUCAUGCUUAAGAUUGUUUCAAAUGGAAGAUUUCGAGAUAGCGUUAAUAAGAAACGGCCAUUGUCCGUUUUGUCGAGACGCAAAUGCAACAAUAAAUUAAAUAAAUAAAUAAAGUACCUGACAAUCUAAAAAAAUCCGUCCAAUUAAAUUUAAAAU